AUGCUUCCAAUCUUCUUUUUGUGGUGCAAAGCACAGAGUGGCAACAAUGCGCGCAAUAUUGGCACGAAUGUCGUCAUUCCCAAUGGGUCCAUUGAUCCAUGGCAUGCAUUGGGCAAAUAUACCUCCAAUCAUGAUUCAGUCGUACCAAUUCUGAUAAAUGGUACGGCUCAUUGUGCGGACAUGUGCCCGCCUUCAGAUAAGGAUAAGCCUGAUUUGAAGCGAGCCCGUGAUCUCAUCGUGGAAAACAUCGAAAAGUGGUUGAGUGAUGAGCAAAAUAGUGCAGAUGGUGCUGUUUGA